AUGGCUGAAGACUUCGAAGUCGCAAAGAAUGCAGAGCAGGCUCGUAGAUAUCGAGAACAACAAAACUAUGAGAAGGCCGUGUUAGGAAAGGCCGAACGAGCCGAAAAGGUCCAGAAACAAGAGGAAUCUACAGAGGCCGGGAAAGUCGAAAGAGCCGAAAGAGUCAGGAAACAGGAAGAAGAUGCAAAGGCGAAGAGACGUGAAAAAGCCGAAAGAGUCAGGAAACAAGAAGAAGACGCAAAGGCGAAGAGACGUGAAAGAGCCGAAAAUUUAGGAAACAGGACGAAAGCUGGGGCCAGUCAGAAAUAA